AUUUGAUAGCCUACAUUACAUGCUUGUCUGAUUGUAGUUGUUAUUCUGAGUAAAUUAGUCUCGUUGACUCCACAUCCAACUUCUGCCAGUAUUUCUGUUCAAGGUGUACCAUAAUAAAUAAGGUACUACUGGGUAAUAACCCUAUCCUCUACAAUGAGGAUAAGAAGAGUUGUGAAGACAGUUUUGAGUGUGGAGCAGGCAGAAGGUAUGGGAGCCCGUGUCCGCAGGAGUAUAGGAAGAAAGGAGCUGAAGAACCUGGAUCCUUUCUUGAUGUUGGAUGAGUUCAAAGUCGCAAAGCCUGCUGGCUUCCCUGAUCACCCUCACAGAGGAUUUGAGACCGUGACGUACCUUUUGAAAGGCGUUUCAGCCCAUGAGGAUUUCUGUGGCCACUCUGGACUACUGAAACCAGGGGAUUUACAGUGGAUGACGGCAGGCCGGGGGGUGGUCCAUGCUGAGAUGCCUGUGUCUGAGGAGCCCGUCCAGGGCCUGCAGCUGUGGGUCAACCUGAGGAGGGAGGACAAGAUGGUGGAGCCCCAGUACCAGGAGCUGAAGGACAGCCAGGUCCCCAAGCCCAGCAGGGAGGGGGUCACUGUGGCCGUCAUCUCUGGACAGGCCCUGGGGGUACAGUCAAAAAUCUUCACCAGGACUCCAACAUUGUUCCUGGACUUCAAGCUGGAUGGCGGUGCCAAGCAUGUACAACCAGUUCCUUCAGGAUGGACCACGUUUAUCUACACACUGGCAGGAUCUGUAUGUGUUGGCCCAGAAGCAGAGCAGCAGAAGGUGGAGCCACAUCACACCAUAGUGUUUGAUGAUGGAGACUGUAUAGCAGUAGAAAACAAGACAUCAGAGGUCUCCCAUUUUGUCUUGAUUGCGGGACAGCCGAUCAAUGAACCGGUGGUCCAACAUGGUCCGUUUGUGAUGAACACAGAAGAGGAGAUCAACCAGGCAAUCGGGGACUACAGCACAGGGACCAAUGGGUUUGAGAGGGCUAAGGCUUGGAGGUCUAAGAUCAGGGAUUCCUUCUAAGAAUCAGCAGGCACUUCUAAUCAUGUUAUAGGUCAUGUCUUGUUAUGGUCACGUGACUAAAGUGUAUUUUAAUCAUGAACUAGCUUGUUGUGUGUUUGUCUCUUUUUAAAUCAUUAAAUUAAACUGAAAUGUAAAUGAUGAAAAAUACAUUUUAAUUGAACCUCAGUAAAACUAUCCUGCCAUGAUGUCUCCAGAAGAUAUCUAAUGGAACCACUGAUUAGUUCCUGAUAGUUCCAGUCAUUAUGUCUUUAGACAGACCUCAGAGGAGAUGCAAGUAUCCAUUACGGGAAGGAGUGGAAACCAACCACGUCUCACAUUUCAAGGUCAUUUGCAUCUGGCAGAAUGACGCCUCAUACUGCGAAACAGCAGAUCUCUCUCUCUCUCUCUCUCUCUCUCUCUCUCUCUCUCUCUCUCUCUCUCUCUCUCUCAAUUUCAAUUUCAA